AUGCGUCCCUUGAAGCUGUACGAGCACCCCGAGUUCAAGAGGGAGGAGUCCGACAUCUCCCUCCUUCACACUAUCUGCUUCGUCCUCACACUCGCCCUUUUGGGCGCAACCCUCGUCUUGAGCGUAUCGUGUCUUUUGCUAUGGGACGACUGUAAAACAUCAUAUCCCAUAUACUCUGCACGGCCACACCUAUUAACAGUGCGACAAGUGCUCAAUGGUUCCGCUGCUGUGCGGCUGUGA